AUGGCCAACCUUUUAGCUGCACAAUCUCAACAGCUGGAAUGUAGUGAAGAAACCGGACGAGUUGCUUAUCGGAAGACGAUGAAGGCCCGUGAAGAGUCUGUCCAAUGCUGGGAAGAUAAGAAAUCAGAUCAAAUCAGGAAUCCUUUGAAACCAGGCGGACUAAUUCUGGCUUAUAACAGAUCUCUCAAAUCUCAGUGGGGAAAGCUUUUCUUCAAUUGGUGGAAUGGUCCUUAUCAUGUGGUUUGUCAAGUCAAAGGUGGAUCAUAUGUCUUGGAGGAGUUAGAUGGCACAGAACUUGCACGGCGCUUCUCAGUAGAUCAGGUCAAGAGGUUUUUUCCCUGUGGAGGCAAAGUUGACCAAAAGUAA